AGCAGCUGGCAGGGCGCACAGAUUAGCGGCGUUACGGUAGUUGGCUCCAUCCUCUCUGCGCACAGUGUCUGGCAGGAGGCGCAGCUCACGGCUUCUCCAAACGCCGUGGUCGAGGAAGCCGCUCUUCUCCAUGAAGCAGACGGUCUCUGUUGCUUCAGAUGAACGCACAGGAUGAUUGCGCUUCGCAGAGCAGGUUAUUUACCGCCGGGUUUCUAAGUGUCGGUGAGACAUAGAGAGAAACGGGUUUCUCAACGUGUUUUGCAUGCAGUCCUGGGAUGUAUUUUUCCACUCCGCUGACUUAUCCAACCCUCGCAAUGGGCACAUUUUUAGCUUUUCUGUAAAGGGCGUGUCGGCUGUUGCGCUGACUGAAGACUGCACGUUUUCAGCUGGAAGUCCAUUUGUCUGCUUUGGGGGUUUGAGGGCCAAGAAGGGGCUGAUAGACAGACGGAGAGCCUGGUGUGGUCUUCAGGCAGAGGGGGAGGGGGGUGGGUUUCUCCACUGCGCUGCGCAGACAAGCGGCGGAGCGGACAGCCUCUGCAAACCUCCUCCUCCUCCACAACAACAACACGGGACGAGAGGAAGAAGGGCAGACGGGAGGAGACGUGCAGAAGGUCUUUAGGGUGGAAAUCUGGACACAUACGGCGGUAAAAUGACGAUGUCCGUCCCGGAGAGGAAAUCAGGAUCGGAAGGGAAGGAGGAGGAGAGCGAGGAUGAGAGUGAGAUCGUGGAGGAGAGUCCCUGCGGCCGCUGGCAGAAACGCAAAGAGCAGGUCAGUCAAGGAAAUGUCCCUGGUGUGGAAAGUGCAUCCUUGGCCAUGGACACAGAGGAAGGUGUCGAGGUGGUGUGGAAUGAAGUUCUCUUCUCAGACAAAAAGGUCUUCAAAGCACAGGAGGAAAAAAUCAAGGAGAUGUUUGAGAACCUGAUGCAGGUCGAACACCCCAACAUUGUCAAGUUCCACAAGUACUGGCUGGACAUGAAAGAGACCGAGGCUCGGGUCAUAUUUAUCACUGAAUACAUGUCUUCAGGGAGCCUCAAACAGUUCUUGAAGAAGACAAAAAAGAACCACAAGACCAUGAAUGUGAAGGCCUGGAAGAGAUGGUGCACCCAAAUUCUGUCAGCACUUAAUUAUCUGCACUCCUGUGACCCACCAAUAAUCCAUGGCAACCUAACCUGUGACACAAUCUUCAUCCAGCACAAUGGCCUCAUCAAGAUCGGCUCAGUGUGGCACCGGCUGUUUGUUAAUGUUUUCCCAGAUGCCAGUGUCCACAGCAAAGAAAGGCAACACCGGGAUGAGCAGAGGAAUCUUCAUUUUUUUGCUCCUGAAUAUGGAGCUGGCGAGGAUGAUUACUCCAUAGACAUUUUCUCCUUUGGCAUCUGUACUCUAGAGAUGGCAGUACUGGAAAUCCAGGCCAACGGAGAUGCUGCAGUGUCCAAGGAGGCCAUUGUGAAUGCAGGUCAAUCUCUGGAAGACCCUCUAAUGAGAGAGUUCACGCAGUCGUGUUUGCGUCACGACGCCAAGCUCCGUCCUACAGCUCACGACCUUCUGUUCCACAGAGUCCUGUUCGAAGUCCACUCCCUCAAACUGCUCGCCGCCCACUGCCUCAACAACAACCAGUAUUUGCUUCCUGAGAACUGUGUGGAAGAAAAAACUAAGUCGUUUGACCCCAACGCUGUCAUGGCGGAGAUUAGACAUGAUGACAGACCUGGAGUUCAGCUGAAGUAUUCCCAUGUUUCCCCUUUAGAGCUUGACAAGUUUCUGGAAGAUGUCAAGAAUGGGAUUUACCCCCUGAUGAACUUCGCCACAUCUCGGCCUCACCCCGUCCCUCGAGCUCUGUCCUUGUCUCAGGAGCAGGUUGAGACAGUGAAAACACCGACUCCGGAACCCCAGGAGACAGAAACGAGGAAGGUUAUUCAGAUGCACUGUAAUUUGGAGUCAAAUGAAGAAGGGACCAAAACUCAUGUGAGUCACACAGUACUGCAGCUCUCAUUGUUUCUGAAGAUGGAUGACAAACUUCAUCGGCAGCUUAGCUGUGACAUCUUUCCAACGGACACCCCAAAAGACCUCGCCAGUGAACUCGUCCACUACGCCUUCAUAAACGAGGAGGACAGUGAGAAGGUGGCCGCGUUCCUGGAGGACUCCAUCAGUCGACACCGGGUCCGUGCGCUGGCCGCUGGGAGCAAUCAGUGACUGCGGGGUCACGACAGCAGCUGGGCCUGAUGGAGGGGGACCCAGGGGGACAUUGCCCACACAGGUGGAGAAAGACAGGGAAGCAGAUAUCUGUGGAGGACAUAGCUGUGAACGCUAUACGGUACAGAGGACGAACGCUGAAACGCUUUGGAAGUCAGUAAAUUAUCCCAGUUAGUUGGAAGAAAAACGACUGCAGCGAGAGUGAAACCGAAAGCGCUUCUGGUUGGAGGACCAGAAGCCUAGUGGCCAUGUCCACCUACCACACAGAGUAGUGGACGAUCCACAGAGUCCCUCCCUAAAAGGGCUACCAUGCCUUAAAAUAUGUUCAACAAUUCAGUUUUCUGUCAUGCCACUACUGAGAAUGUGUUUUAAUUACAGAUACAGCAGCUAACAUUUGAGAAAGACAUUGUACUGUUCCAUGCCUCUUUUGCACACCAUUGCCUGCUUUAAAUGAGACACACACACAAUCCAGUGAUUUGAUAAAGCCUCUGUCCCUCCCAAGCUGUCAGCUCAUCACAGUUUUCAGGAAUUCAGUAUACCAUCCUACAUGCACUGUCUGUACUUAUACAGGUCUUUAUUUCUACCCCCUAACUGUGAACCGUAGAAACAUGGCACAGCUUAUCUUCUUCUUUCCAUUUAUUAUACUUUUUUUCCACAAGCAAAAUACCCCUCUUACAGCUUAACAUGCCACGUCUUAAUGCAUCUAGAUGUCAAGCUUUGAGAUGACGCCUUUUAUAGUGUUUUCUUAAAAGUUUUCCCUGUGAACGUGUUCUGAAAGCCAAAGACCUGCAAAGUGCCUGAUGUGGCAAUGAAACAGCAUCAUACCCAAAUUAGCAAAUUUGGAAAAAAUCCUUCUUCUUAUCCGGAGUCUAUAAAGUCAAGUUAAGUGAAAAGUGAACAGCAAUUUGACUCCUAAUAAUAUUAAAGAGCUGAAGCAGGGAAUUAUAGGACAUAAUGAAAGAAUCAUUUUGCUUUCAGCUGCAGGAGUGUUGGGUAUUAACAUUUACAAGAAGAAAUUGCCAUAUUGUUGAUAUAUUUCACUGCUCUAUAGUUAUUUUAUUGAAAUUGCUUUGUAAAUAUAUUUGGAGAUGCUAAAAAAGGCAAAUUCCACCCAUUACUUAGAAAUUUAAUAAUUAAGUUUUAUUUCCGGUAUCUGUGCAUUAUAAUCAGUGGUGUUUUGAAUAAAAAUGUAGCUAACUGCAAUAAGUUACUAUAAUGAUGGCUCUCUGAACUCAGACUGAACUUUUUUGUUUCCUUGUUUGUUUGUUUUAAACCCGAUCAGUCCCCAGAAUCCUAUCUGCUAUCAUUUAUUUCUAAUACACAGCCAGACAAAGUUUGCAAUUUGAUUGGAGUUUUUUGGAGUUUGGAAAAAGAAAAUAAGAGUAUUUCUGGAUGAAGACUUUAUUACCUGACCACUGUAAAAAGCUCAGCUGUAAAUAAAGUUACUUUGAUUUAUAGCAAAAUAUUGGUCUAAAAUUGAUUGAAAACUCUGGAAAUCUGAGUUUUAAUAAGUAAAGGAAUUUUGACGUGAAGGAAUCCUAAUGUAACAAUGCCUAAACAUGAACAUGAAGCCAGCAUGUGAAUGUAUGCAGGAGUAUUUUAAGUUCAGACUGUGGGUUUAGACAUCUAAAAACAACAUUUCGGUGUAUUAUGCCUAGAUUAUAAAAGGUUUGCCAGAUUCACUUAUAUUUUCUCCAUUUUUUUAUGUGUGUGCAUGGCGGAGGGGGGAUUGUAAGCUUCCAUAUUCAUAACAGUUAUGCUGCUGUACAGUCAUUGCUAAUAGUACUUACUAUAGUCUAAUUAUCAGUGUUUCUGUAAAGGCAGAACCCCUGGAUUCUCCUAGACAGCUGGAUUGUAUAUACUUGGCUGUGGCUUUCAAAGGCGAGAUGCAUUAAACAACCUCUUAAACACAACACAAUGCAGUGCCAGUGAGGCUCUCCUUUGUUCAAGCAAACUGCAUGUCUUAAUAAUCUGCAACCAUGCAAACCUUUGCAUUUUGCCUUUUUUGUCCAUCGAAGUUGAGUUCCAGAGGAGAGCUAAUCCAGUAAAAGAAUGUUCAGACAAUAUGAGAAUAUAAAAAAGAAAUGCAUAUCAGUCUUAUUUUAUGUGAGAUUACUUUUUUUCUGUGACUGUUGGAUCAAAAUUGCCUUUGGAUGUUUUAAACCUUUGUUGAAUAUUGUAGCAUCUACAAUUAAAAUACAAAAAAAAACCA